GUGGAAGCGUUCGACGGCCGCAACAGGCAGCCGCUGCCGGCGAUCGCACGUGUGUCCGUCGUGCGUUGGCCGGCGGCGGUGGGCUCUGGCGCUGAUGCUGAGCUUACGAAACGACAGGAGCCGCGGAAACAGUCCGAAGGGCGGUCAAGGACGCGACAACACCGUCACAAACAUCACCGCGCCAUGGAUCUCAAGAGUUACCAGUUGUCCAUCUUCACGACCAUGUUUUUCGGCUACGCCUUCUACGCGUACAACCGAAAAUGCGUUUCUUUCGCGCUUCCUGAGUUGAUGGAAGAGGGUUUGACCAAGGAGCAGGCAGGCAUGAUCAUCAGCAGCCAGAAUUUGGCCUAUGCCGGCAGCAAGUUCAUGGGCGGUGUGCUCUCUGACCGCCUCAGUGCCCGCCUGCUGUUCACCUGUGGCCUCCUCGUCAGCGGUGUGGCCACAUUGCUGUUCGGUACUUCGCCCAACUCUGUGCCGCUUUUUUGUGGAUUCUGGUUCCUCAACGGACUGGCCCAAGGUUGUGGCUGGCCAUCAUGCGCCAAGAUCCUUAGGAAGUGGUUCUCACCAUCCCAGUUUGGCACUUGGUGGAGUGUCCUCUCAGCAUCUGCAAACAUAUCGGGUGGAGUGGCUCCGUUUCUGUCUGCAUUCCUCAUCUUGAACUAUGGCUGGCGCUUUAGCCUGACAAUAGCUGGAACCUUGUCAAUCGCCAUGGGGGCUGUCGCCUUGCUUACACUGGUCAACUCCCCGACCGACGUUGGUCUAGAAGCGCAGGACGUGGCUGGCAAGAAGACAGCCACAGCUAAGAAGGACGCAGCGAGCAAAGGAGGGCCCCAGACGCCGGCGGCCGAUGACCGUAGCUCAGCAACCGUUUGGGACCUGGUUGCCAGUCCGUUCCUGUGGCUCGUGUCAUUCAGCUACCUGAUCGUAUUCUGUGCUAAGACAAGUGCUGUCGACUGGGGCCAGCUCUACGUGAUGGAAGACCUUGGACACUCGCAGUACGCAGGCAGUGCCCUGACAAGCAGCAUCGAGUCUGGUGGGUUCUUUGGAGGCAUUCUGGCAGGCUACCUCACUGACUGGUUUCUGCACUGGCAUGUCAAAAAGGGCAGCAAAAGUAAUGCGAACCCUAGGAUACCUGUUGCAGUACUCUUCAUGGCUGGGGCAGCUGGCUGUUUUCACCUGUUGUGCUUCAAUGUAGGAAAGGAGUCCUCAGAGCUGUGGAUAUCCGGCAUUGGCCUUGUUCUAGGUGCCUGCCUCUAUGGACCCAUUGCCAUUUUUGGUGUUGCUGCUUCAGAGUCCGCACCAGCCCACCUGUCUGGAACAUCACAUGCCAUUGUUGCACUUGCAGCAAGCAUUGGCGCUGUCAUUUCCGGACUUCCGUUCAGCAUUGUCGCCAACCGUUACAACUGGGGUGCCGUCUUCGUCCUCCUGGAGGUGUUGUGCGGUGUCACGUCUGUGGUGCUCUUUGCGGGAAUGAACUUCAACGCCAGAAUGGGAGCGUCGAGACCAAAGAAGGACUAGCAUCGUUGGUCAUCACAUCCGCUAUCCACCUACUCAUUCUUUAACUUCCACGUACAAACCUAGGUGUCAUCGCAUCAUUUCCCUUUUAAUAUCAAGUGAUGAUAAACAUUCUGCUUCGGGACUGUCAUAUCAUAAUAUGAGAGGAAGGAGAGGCACUGUCCUGGAUUUCACGAAUUUCCUUUCACUCCUUCGAAAGAUGCCCAAAUCUACGAGGAAACGCAGCCGGCUUCAAGCCGCAGCCGGCCAAUAAUUGCAAAUACACAGACAGGUGUCUUUGUGAGCCGUCAUGGAACUUAACAGCAUGUGAGUUCGAGCUAGUUGGUACCCGAUACUUGACAACCAUUAAGCGCAAAACAUUCGAAUGAAGGAAAAAAAAAGACGCAAACACGCACUAACCUCCAACUGAAAUUUAUUUCAAGGUGAGACGAUAUAUCAUAUAAAACAAACAGAAACCAGAUGAAUCCUGGCCAGUAAAGGAACCAGCCAUGGAACCAGUCAUGAAGAUGGACCAGUCAUGGAAAGCAUUAGUUUGACAAUACCUCCUCCUCUCUCUCCCCCCCGCCCCAAAAGAAAGAAAAAACCCUUCAGCGUCCUUCUCCAAUGUUAUAGCAAUGUUGCCCGCUCUUGUUGAGCAUUCAUUGUGAAAGUUGAUUAGGUCUACUUAAGUCUUGUGUAAUUCUGCUGUGUCACAGCUAAACUCACAUUGUUUCUUUAGAAGUGUUUGCUGUUUUGCUUCCCGAAAGUGUACCAGUGAAAACACUAUUUUCUCCUCUCUAUUUCGGUUUAAAUAAUCAGCGAAAAAUGUCACUUUGGAUAUCCUUAGAAUGAGUGAAACUUCCACUUACUGUGAUGCCACUGAUAUGAAAGUUUUCACCUAACUUACAGAGUCCGUAACGUAAUGUACCAACGCUACUGGUGACCAGAACGGCUGUUGCCAUUGGCACGCUGACUCAGCAGAAAUGGUGGCACACACACACACACACACACACACACACACGCACUUGUGCCACAUUUCUUUCUGGUAUUCUUACCAUGAACACUUUGAUUGUACCACAUGACAAAUUGAACAGCGUUAGCUACAUGGAUGAAAAUGCUACUUAGUAUGUAGAUGUUAUUUCUGGGCUGUAAAGCUGGCCUCUAGUUACGAUUUAUUCCUCGUUCGUUGAAUGAUAAUGUGGUAUUUUUUUAUGGGGCAUUAAGGCAAAGCAUUUUUGAAGGCCUCUCUAUACUAUACUUUGGCUUUUUUCCUAUAGAACGUUAAUAUAACUCCGAACUGCGCAGGUCUGUGCAGAGCUUUUGUGGCGUUGAGCUCGGUGAGGGCUUCAUUCUACGAGUCAUUUUACAUCAUGAUGGAAGAUGUAUAUUCUACUUUUUGAUAAAAAUAAAGGUGAAGUGCAUAUCACCAACAAA